CCUUACACAUUUCGCUCACUCUUCAUUAUUCAAGUUACUAUGGUCUCCUUUCACAAAGCGUUGUCUGAAACCCCCAUAACAGAAGUUCCUGCAGAAUUUGAAUCUCCACCAAGGAAGAGAAAGUGGCAAGAGGAGACUCUCACUGAAGAAUUCUUCAAGAUUCACCCAACUGAUGCAGACCAACGAAAAUCCAUCUUUGGUAUAGAGCUCCACCUCGAGACACCAUUACCUUCCCAUAAAUUGCGACAGUACCUCACUAUUCAGUCAGGGCUGAGUAUGGUGAAGACACCAGAUUUGGGAAGAAACUCUGAUCCUAAAGCGCCAUCACUUGGUCAAAUGAGCCUGGACCUGGAGCUGUCGCUGAAGAAAAAAGAAGAAAGCUUUGACAUAAAUGAGAAGAACUUUGGUUCCACCAGGAACACUUUUGGUGAGCAUGAUCUGUUGAAUGAAUCAAGCAAGUGUAAUAAAAUGGAUGAUUCAGGUGCUUUAAGUCGUUCUCCGUCGUGGUUAUCAUCAGAGGGAGAUCAGAAGGAGAUGAUUGCAACGGUUUGUAUGAGGUGUCACAUGUUGAUAAUGCUGUGCAAGUCAUCUCCUACUUGUCCAAACUGCAAAUUCAUGCACCCACCAGAUCAGAACCCUUCGAAAUUCCUGAAGAGGAAGAAGGUGGAGCCUCUCUCAUGCUAAUUACCUGAGAACGUACAAAUAAGUGUUUGGUUGAAAAUUCUGAGAUAUAUAUGUAGAAAGCAUGGCCAAGUUGUAUCUUUUAAUUACCCCUUGAAUAUAUGGUCCAGGUUUCUUUAUAGUUUGUCUAGCUGUGUUAAAAACAAGGUGGUAUUUAACCUACCUACCUCUACGUAGUGGUGGCUUAACUGUUAGCUAGGAUGAGUAAUGGGUGAUUGAUAAGAACUAACCUACUGAAUCAUAAUCGUAUCUAUGUACAUACAACAGUGUCCUUCGUCAUCCAAAAUUUAUGUAAGACAUUCGUAUAUAUAUAAUAGUAGAAUUUAGGUAGGUUCUUUUAGGAUUUCUAAUUAAGCAAGACCAUUUUCUCUUAAGGGCUCUUACAGCUUUCACAACAGCAUGGUUUGGUUCUUCGAGUUGUAACAAAAUGUUUCUAUGUAUUGUCAUUUUCUUCUCAACUAACAAGAACAGAGUUUUUUAUA